GCGACGAGGCUGGCUGCGGUCGCUGUGGAGCUCAGCCCGGCCAGUCUGGUUGAGGUGCACGGCCGCCUGGACUGGGUCUAUGGUCGCUCCGUGGGCCGCUCUGCCGGCUGGUGCUUUUGUAGCAGGGCAAGCAGAGGUCCAUGGCAGGGAACUUCUGGCAGAGCUCCCACUAUUUGCAGUGGAUUUUGGAUAAACAAGAUCUGUUGAAAGAGCGCCAGAAGGACUUAAAGUUUCUCUCAGAAGAAGAAUAUUGGAAGUUACAAAUAUUUUUUACAAAUGUUAUCCAAGCAUUAGGUGAACAUCUUAAAUUAAGACAACAGGUUAUUGCUACUGCUACAGUCUAUUUCAAGAGAUUCUAUGCCAGGUAUUCUCUGAAAAGUAUAGAUCCUGUAUUAAUGGCUCCUACGUGUGUGUUUCUGGCAUCCAAAGUAGAGGAAUUUGGUGUAGUCUCAAAUACAAGAUUGAUCGCUGCUACUACUUCUGUAUUAAAAACUAGAUUUUCAUAUGCCUUUCCAAAGGAAUUUCCUUACAGGAUGAAUCAUAUACUAGAAUGUGAAUUUUACCUUUUAGAAUUAAUGGAUUGUUGCUUGAUAGUGUAUCAUCCUUAUAGACCUUUGCUCCAGUAUGUGCAGGACAUGGGCCAAGAAGACGUGUUGCUUCCCCUUGCAUGGAGGAUAGUGAAUGAUACCUACAGGACGGAUCUUUGUCUGCUGUAUCCUCCUUUCAUGAUAGCUUUAGCUUGCCUACAUGUAGCCUGUGUUGUACAGCAGAAAGAUGCUAGGCAGUGGUUUGCGGAACUCUCUGUGGAUAUGGAAAAGAUUUUGGAAAUAAUCAGGGUUAUUUUAAAACUAUAUGAGCAGUGGAAGAAUUUUGAUGAGAGAAAAGAGAUGGCGACUAUUCUUAGUAAGAUGCCAAAACCAAAACCACCUCCAAACAGUGAAGGAGAGCAGGGUCCAAAUGGAAGUCAGAACUCUAGCUACAGCCAAUCUUAGAACACCCGGAGGAAUCCUGUAGUGGACCACUUGGAAGUAAAGCAUGGAACAGUUUGAGUAAGGUCUUCACUGGAAAUCAGAUGCAAGCUAUUGGGAAUUCACUUUUCACAAAAUAAGUUUUUCUUACUUAAUUUGAUUCUAGUGUAUAAUUUAUUAAAUCUUAAUUACAAAAUUUUGUAAAGCUCUAAGGGGACCUAUUUAUACAUACACAGACAUUUCAAAGUUAACUUGUCUCACACAAAUAUAAUAGCUUUUUCUUUUAAUUAAGGCAGGAAACAUAACAUGAAAUGUCAUUUGUUUAAAAUUUUCUUUAGACAUCAAGGGACCAAAAAAAAAAAGACAUGAAAAGUCAAUAAGAGCUCCCUACCCUCCCCAGUUAAAUUUUAAAACGUUUUUUGUUUGGUUGGGUUUUUUUUUUUGAGACAGGGUUUCUCUGUAGCUUUGGAGCCUGUCUUGGAACUCAGCAUGUAGACCAGGCUGACCUUGAACUCAGGGAGAUCCACCAGUCCCUGUCUCUGACUCUGCCUCCCUAGUGCUGGGAUUAAAGGCAUGCACCACUACUGCCCAGCAAAUUUUAAAGGUUUCUUUAAGAAAUUAAAUCUUAGGAAAACCUGGGAUGUUUUGAGAAUUAUAUGUAUAAUUUGGGGGAGAUUAAUCAAGAACUUAACUGAUUUUUAAAAUGUAUUUUAUUCAGUACUUUUUAUAUCAUCACAGAAGAUACUAGCCCAGCCUGUUAGAAAAGUGCAAUAUGUAUGGUCUACUUUGACAUUUUGAAGGUUAUAUUGGCUUAUUAGCUGUUUUGAAAUGCUUGGAAACCUGAAAGAAAAUUAUUUGCAAUUAAUUCACAGUUAAUAAACAUUUUAAAAGUUUAAUUUGGUUAAUCAAUGAAGGUGAAAUUUUAAUGUUAAUCUUUAAUCUGUCCUGAGAAUUUUUUAUGAGAUGCAUAUAGCCCAGUCUAGUUUUGUGUUUUAGUGUGAGCCGACAGAUGUGCAGCAAAUAUUCUGAGUCAAGAACCUAGUUAGGUUUUAGGCUAGUGUGAUACUGGCUAUUCUUAAUUUUCAUGAGUAUAGACUUGAAAAUAAAUGUUACAUCUGUGAGAUUGGUAUCUCUGGAACUUCAUAAAUUACUCUUUUUCUUCAGACUUGAAGGAAAUGACAAAUAAAAUUUGGAAUAAUGGGGUAUGAGUGUGUAGUCUUGCACGUUUAAAAAAUAAAUCAUGAAAUAAAUUACUAAGCAUUGACUUCCUAGAUAAAUUGGAAGAAUAAAAGUUAAGUUCUUCAGCUAUAUUUACUAGUGUCUUAAGUUCAUCUUGUUAAGUUUGACUUAGGCUUUCUGAGAAUCUUUCUGCAUGCUAAAUUAAAGCCCCCCCCCAACUUCGUAAAGGGAUGAUUCCAUAUGGUUUAUAAUUAGAUUGUAAGGAAAGUCUUGAUUCCUUAUGGAAAGUAUCAGAUGAGCUAGAAAGUUGACAAUACAUUACUACCAAUAUGGUCCCUCCUAAGAUUGUGUAAGGAUAAGAAACAAGAAAACAUGCUCUUGACAAGUCUUAAGGAGUUAAUCGGAGCUUAGCUCGGAUGCUUGGUGAUUGCUCAUCAGUCAUUAACUAUGUUUUGUCUUCAAGCUUUUUUUUUCCAGUUUAUUUUUUCAGUCAGAUCUUUCUGCUUCAUAGUUUUCUUUGCAAUCUCCUAUUGUAGAAAAUUGAAAAUUUACAAGAGCAGCCAAAGCAGUACAAUAAGCCUCCGUGUGUGUAUGAUCUAGCUUCAACAUUCACUGGUUCAUAGCCAAUUUCAUCUCGCUUCAAAUUCCACCCCAGUCUCCAGUUUGCAUACGAUUUUGAAGAAAAUUCCAGAUAUAUUAUUUCAUCUGUAAAUAUUUCAGUAUGUACUCUGAGAAGUAAUGGAUCCUUAAAACACUAUAAAAGUAAAAGUGCUUUUAUAGUUUUCUAUAGUUUUUUUGUACUUUAUCUAAAAGUUAAUAAAAAUAAUUAUCAAAUGUUACAUUAAAAGUUUCAGUUCCGUUGAAGUUGCAGAACAUUCUAUAUAUUCAUUUAUAAAUCCUAUUAGUUUUAAAUUCAUGAAUUCUUUCUCCAUGUUAUUAAAAAAAAAUUCCCUGUUUUCACUUGUACAUCUAUGAAGUUUCCCAUAGCCUAAAUUUUGCUGUGGGCAUCUUUAGCAUGCCAAUUAGUGUGGUUUUUCCCCUUUGUAUUUCUGUAAAUUGGUAAUUGAACGUGAAGUCUGAUCACAUUGAGAUCAUUUCAUUUUUGCUAGACUACUAUAUAAGGUGGCAGUCGCUUCCGUUAGUAACAGAUAGUGGCAUUCUGUAUUGUCACCCACUUAGGACAAGUAUUGUUUUUCAGAAUCAUUUACUGUCUUAGGCACACUGUCCAGUAUCAUAGCCAGCAGCCCCUUAGGGUAGAGUGGUUACCAUGUGGCUUGUCUGAAUGCAGAUAUGCUGUAAUGUGUAAACGUGUUGGAUUUCAGGUACUUACUGCAAAAGCAAAAGAAUGUUAAAAUCUCAAUUUGUUUAUAACCAUUAUGUGUUUUAAAUGGUAAUAUUUUGGAGAUAUAGAAUUAAAUAAAACAUUAUCAAAAUUAAUUUUUCUUGUUUCUUUUUAAUUUUUUAAAUGUAGGAACAUUUAAAAUCGCAAAAUGGCUUGCAUUGGACAGUGCUGCUGCCAGAUAAUAAUAAAACGUUAGACUCUGUCUCAUCCCAUAUGCCUCUCAUUCCCAUUUCCUGCUCUUCCUUUUAACUUUUAUCAUUUCUCUGCUAUUUACUUCAGAAUUUCCAAUUAUCAUGCUCUUAAUAUUAUCGUUAAUUUGAGCACUUACUAUAUGUCAGAUGUGCUGAGUUUGAGCUAGUUCUCAGAGUAGGUUAACUCCACAGAUGAGAACUCAUUACAUACAGAUUCUAAUCCAUAAAACCUGGUGACUGUACUCCAGAUACGUUACCAUGCUUAAUCUCUUCUGCUUACCCUUCCCCAUUUAUUUAUUUAUUUAUUUGUUUGUUUUUAUUUUCAGUUGUAAAUACUGCCCUACCAUGGAAGGUGAAAGGUCUUGCAGUCCGGCACAUUUCCUCUUCACUCCUACAGUGAACUUCUAUCAUUUAGCUGUACAGUUUGAGCUGGCCCACACCUUUAGUACUAGCAGCUUAGGGUAUGGAGGUAGGAGAUCAGAAGUUCAAAUCUGCUAGGUUGAAUUCUUAGCACCCACAUGGCCAGUCUGUAAUUCCAGUUCCAGGGGAUCUGAUACCCUCUUCUAGCCUCUACAGGGGCCAGUUAUGCAAGUGAUGCAUGGCAGGCGUGGAGGCAAAAUACUGUGCACAUAAACAUUAUAAUUUAAAAGUAGUUUUAAAAAUAAUGCAGUACUUGAUAGAGAGAUGGCUCAGAGGUCUAAGAACAUUUGCUGCUCUUGUAGAGAGCCUGGGUUCAAUUGCCAGCAUCCUCAUGGCAUCUCACAACCAUUAGAAACAACAGUUCCAGGAGAUUUGACUCCCUUUUCUGUCAUCUGUGGGCACUGCACACAUUUGGUGAACCACCAAAUGCAGAAAGAAGUCAUAAAACUAUACACAUAAAACAUAUAAAUCAAUUUUUAGAUCUAAAACUUCAAUAGAUUAGAUGUCGAACCUUUUUCCAUUAAUGGUAAAUAGCAAAAGAAUAUAUUCUCACAGAGUCAAAGAGGCCCCGUGGGAAUCAUGACGUAGCUGAUGAAGAUAAGAAUGAAGGGAAGCUGAAGCAUUUGGUUAAUAUAGAAUUUGGUCUAUUGAUGCCACGUUUUCUAUGGUUACCUCUGUUCCCUUGUGAUCUGUUUAAAAAGUGAUCUCCUGGGCUGGAGAGAUGACUCAGAGGUUAAGAGCACUGACUGUCCUUCCAGAGGUCCUGA